GCGCUUCGUUUUUCUUUGCAGGGCGCGUGAGGAGCUGAGAACGGGAACAGGCUUGGGAGGAAAUGAGCUUUUACUUUUAGUUUUAUUUCAUUAAAACAACGCCUCAGUUAGAAAGUUAAAGUAUGUAACCAGAAACAAACAGUAGAAAAGAGUCUGCAAAUAUAGGGUUUAUUUUUUUCGACAUUUAAAAAGAAGAUCAGGAGUGAAACCGAGAAGAAAUCGAGAGCCCCAUGCCUAAGCUGGAGGACCGCUGCUGGAGCUGCUCUUGUUCCCCCGGUAUGAAGUCGGAAGGGUUCCCGCUGGCCUCCAGGGCCCGGGAGGUGAUGUCCGGGGUGGCCGGGUCUGUGAGCGAGGCUUUCGCCUCUGUCCGCCGGCUCCACUCCACCAACCUGGUCCGCCGCGGUCUGGUUCUGUUCACCGUCGGCGUUUUCCUCGCUCUGGUGCUUUACCUGCUGCAGAUACGGAAAAACGUCGUGCUGUUUCCAGAAGAAGCUCUGGACACGUUAUAUUCCUCCUCGUGGUGGAUCCCUCUGGGGUGCGGAACCGCAGCCGCUGUGGUUGGCUUGUUAUACCCGUGCCUGGACAGCCACCUCGGUGAGCCUCACAAGUUCAAGAGGGAGUGGGCCAGCGUCAUGCGAUGCAUCGCCGUGUUUGUGGGCAUCAACCACGCCAGUGCUAAACUGGACUUCGCCAACAACAUGCAGCUCUCUCUGACUCUGGCCGCUUUGUCUCUGGGUCUGUGGUGGACUUUUGAUCGGUCAAGAAGUGGCUUUGGCUUGGGACUGACCACUGCUCUCCUGGCCACACUCAUCGCCCAGCUGUUGGUCUCCAAUGGGAUCUAUCAGUACACGAAUACAGAGGUUCGCUCCGUUCGGUCCUGGCUGCCUUGCAUCUUCUUCUCUGGGGGAGUGACUGUAGGAAACAUUGGACGACAGUUGGCAAUGGGUUCAAUUGAGAAACCCCACAACGACUAGAGGUGAGCUAGAGGAGAUCCUCUGCUCUGCUGAAAACCAGCUCGGACUUCCCGCCAACUCUGAACCCUCAGAAUCCCUCAGCUCACCUGAGAGACCUGAGAGAGACGAGACGCUUCUGUCCACUUUACUUUCUCAUCCUUUCAGCUCCUGUUCAUCUCUGAGAAAGAGGAGCCCAGUCUGAGAGGACCUUUGUGCCAACUGGACAGCAAAACUCCAAAUCUGACCCCUGCCUUCAUCAUAGUCAUCAUCAUCCUCAUCAUCAUCAUCGUCCUUAAUCGAUCUGGCACUGUGUGUUGUCUGAUGGGAGGAGGACACUGAGUAGCACAAGGUUAAAUUAAUCCAGACGGACACUUAAAGGACUGAUUUAGCCUGGUGUUGAUUGUGAUGGAGUGUGUGCGUGCGUGUGUGUGUGUGUGUUUGAGCGUGCUCUGAUAUUUUGGGGUAUGUGUGCAGAAGUAAGGAAGUAGGGAUGCACCGAUACGGACGGGAAAUUUGAGGCUGGUGAUAUAUUGAUGAUAUUUGUCGAUUCCGAUGUUACCGACACCAAUAUGCACUUUUAUAUAUAUAUAUUUAUAUAUAUAUAUAUAUAUAACGUACACUCAUUGAAACGUUGAAGUGUAUUUGUAUCAUAUACCAAUUUACAUUAUUGGUAAAACUUUAGUAUUUUUCCAAUUCUGAUACAGUUCAAACAUUUAUAUAUUUUUUUUGCCAAUUCUAAUAUGACUCCGAUAUCCACGUGCAUCCCUAACGUGUAGAUCUGAGAUAUUAGAUCAUACACACAAAAGUGUAAAAAAAAAAAAAAAGAAAGUGGUGGCCAAAUGAGUGCUGCAUUAUAUUUUUAUUUUAUUAUUUUUAUUUUUAUGUUUUUUUGAGGAGGAGGGGAGGGGGGGGGGUGUAUAACUCUAAACGAAAGGGAAUGAAGUUAAGGCUGCGUGUGAAUGUCCUCCAUCCAAAGAGGCACGUUUUGAUUUUUGUGUUAGAUUUGUGUUAUAGAUCACACAGAGUAUUAUUUCGAGAUAUCAGUCUCGUUUAUGGCCAACAAGCAUAGAAAAAAAAAGCAUGUAUUUAGUUUAAAAUAUUACCAAAAGUGUCACAAAAUUAAAACAUUUUUCAAUUUAUAUUUUAGAAAGGACCAGAAAUCCCACAUCCAGAUUUGGACUAGAAUGAAUUUUUAAAAAUAAGACUCCAAGAACAGGUUUAAAAGGGAUUGUUAAGCAAAUAGCAUUAUUUCACCCCUAUAAUAAUGCUAAUUAGUGGGUGUUGAAUUAAUUGAUUACUUCAUAUACUUGCUCAUAUUGUACACUUUAAAUAUGCCCCUAAAGUGUUAGGUGAAGAAUUAAAGGGGCAUUCUGGCCUAAAACUAGCAUUAGCCUUAGUUAUUAUUCCUAAUGCAGAAACAUCUGUGCAUAAUUAGAUAACCAUUUAGUUUGCAUAUCGUCGCUGUUCAAUAAAAAAAACAAGUAUCUUCAAAACAGCAACUUUACAGGAGAGCGAAAAAAAAUAUUUUAAACUUUUAAUGGAAGUCAAUGUAAAAAGAGUUUAUCUCAGGUCAUUUUGAAGUAUUUUAAAAUCAACAAAAAUGGAGAUACUUGUUUUUUUUUUUUUUUAUUGGACAGCGAUGAUAUAUUUUGAUAUCCCACAGGGUUCUACUGCAGGGUCUAUAAAACUGAUGAUAAUUACGGCAGCAGUAUUGUCGUAAUUGGAAGUUUUAGGCUUGCGUACAGGAUUUAAGGGGUUAAGCAUUAAGUCAUUUGAGAUCAUUUGCCUUAGUGUGUAAAGCUCUAGCCGGACGGGAUUAGUUUUAGUUUCUAAGGGGGACGUCUGUGAAAAAUAUUUUAUACUUCUACUCAGUGAUAUAACUCCUGCAUUCGGACUGAAAUUCUAAAAACAAACAGGAGGAUCAGUGAGGUUUUUUUUUUUAGGCUUUUUUCCCGGUCACAUGACAUCACGGCAUUCAGUAGCUCCUCCAUUUCCACUCGCUGUUGUGUUUUAUACAUGGAUCUCCGUGGAAACUGUGGUGUAACCAAAGUGUAAUUACAAUGCAGGUGCGCAGCAGUGGACAAAUAGCAAAUUUAUUAAACGCAAGGAGACAAAACUCUAAAAUUACUGGAGGAGCAGGGAGUUCAGAGAAAAACAGAUAAUUCAGCCUGUAAUUUUUUUUUAUCAGAGGACGUCUGAGAAAAACACGUACAUGAUAGUUCUGGACAGGAAUAAAAUCACAGAGGAUCAAAAAAACCUAUAAAAGAGACAAGAAAGAAAAUUGCCCCAGAACCCCCUGAGAAACGGAUCCCAUCCAGAUAUGGUUUAAGCUCAUAGGUUUUGUACAUCAGUGUUUCACCACUGAUUGACAAUAUUUAUGUCUACAAUACCCAGCAUGCAUUAUCAUUUUGUACAAAACUCGCAGCACCACUAGAAAAUGUUAUAUGUAUGUUUAAUACAGAUACACUUCUUGUGGUUGUGGUGGUUCCUGUUCUGGCUGGAGUGCCCCUUUAACAUUUUUUUAAUUUUAUUUUAUUUUUUUAGAAUUAAUAGCGAAGAAGGUGAUGGUGAUGAAGAGGGUGUGGAUUUUUUUUUCUGCGGCCUUGAAGAUUUGCAAUCUGUGAUUGCCUUUGUAUUAUAAAAUUGAGUGCUUUUGCCACUGUUCCAGAUGACUCUCGCAUGUUCGUUUGUGUUUUUCUUUUUUGUACUUUGUACUUUUUUGUUCAUUGUAUGUUGCUUACCCUGCGUAAUCCUCCAUUCGUUAUCUAAUCAGAAAGACGUUUAAACGCUAGAUAUAGUUUGAAAGCUGGGGAUGUUUUUGAGCAAAGAUUUUUUUAAGUGCAAUCGGUUCUUAUGAGCCUGACGUACCUUCAUAUUUAUUACUAUUGUUUUGUUUCUGGUGUACAGACUCUUCCAGAUCAUUAUGCAGUACGGAGAAACCAGCCGAGCAAUAUCUCUGGAGUUUUUAUUUCGUGUUUUUAUUUCGUGUUUUGUUUUGUUUGGUGUGUUUAGUCGAGGUCUGACCCGCAGUCCAGCGUGUAGUGGUCUAAUCCACGUCUCUGUAAUGAAGAAGAAGAAAUCUCACACACACAGAAAAAAGUAAUUCUAAUGAAACCAAUGACCACCUCCACUGUCUGUAGGUAUUGGUGUUAUUUAGUGUGUUAGUGUGUUAGCGUAGCAGGAUUUAGCAGGUCUGGGUGUGUGUCAUAUGCAGUGCAGCUGCAGGAGAGAUGGAGAACUUCACCAUAUUAACCUGACGUCCACAUCCGAGGCUCUGCUGCAGUUCAGGGAAUGUAGACGAUGUUAAAAACAAAAAAUGAACGAAAGCUUUAUUUUUAUGGAGGAACGGGGUUUCUUUGACUAAAGAGAGAGUGUGUAAGAAACAGAGUGUGUGUGAGUGUGUAAGUAAACGAGAGAAAAAAGAGAGAGAAUGUGUGUGUGAGUGAGAGAGUGUGUCUUUACCAUUUCGGUUGUAUUGUUUCUACUAUACUGGUUAAGUGAGAAAGGAAAAAAAAUGAAGAAAAACAAAUUAAAAAUGAAGAAAAUAAAA